AUGAGACCAACAAAAAGUCAGGGGAGAGACUUGUUUUAUCAAACUCCAACUAAUUGUUCGGAUGAAGAGAUUCAACGAAUCUCCGAGUUCUUGAAGAAACUGCAAGAGACAGAUGAUAAAAAACUCAACCGUCGAUACGUCGGUGUAACGCAGCGUUAUCUAUCUGACUCUAUAACCUACAUCCAACUCAAACGCGAACUCUUUUACACUCUCCGUAGAAACAGAGAUUUGUUCAAAGAGUAUCGUCAGCUUUUGUCGUAUUUUGCUUCCCCCGCAAGAAACCAUUCCGAGAAAGAGAACCCAAUAUCAGAACUGAAACGCUCGGUUGCGUUCUUGCAGAAAAUUGAAGCUUUGGGAGAGAGUGUUGAUUACAAAGCUUUUAUCCAUGCGUUAGCGUUUUCCGGUGACAACGAGAUUCUGGUUGAACAGCUCCGCGAGAUGUUACGUGGUCACGAGUCUCUCAAAGAGGAGUUUGAAACGUUCUUGAUCGAUAACCGUUUAAUCAAACGCAAACGCGACGCUGAAAAGGGGUCUUGGGUUUUAAACGAGAAAAUAAACAGGUUCGAGGGAAAAUAUAUGGAGGAGGACAUGUUGCCUGACCUAGAUUCGUUUCUUGAGUUUGAGAAGGUGGUGAAGGAUGACUUGAGAAACAAGAAACGUCGUGAGAAGCAGCGGGAAGGAUUGAGUGGAUUGUUAGAAUGGUUAUGCAACGGUAAGAAGGUUCCACCAGAAUCUAAGUGA